CGGGGACGACUACUGCUUCCGGUCCAGCUCCCGCGCGCUGGGCUCGCGCUCCGGGCUCGCGGGCUUCGGCUUCUUCGGGUUGUGCGGCGCCGCGCUCCCACCCGCCCCGCCAUGAGCUUCCUCAAGAGCUUCCCGCCGCCCGCGUCGGAGGACGGGCUCCGGCUGCAGCAGCCCGACACCGAGGCGGUGAUGAACGGGAAGGGGCUGGGCACCGGCACGCUCUACAUCGCCGAGAGCCGCCUGUCUUGGUUAGAUGGUUCUGGACUAGGAUUCUCACUGGAAUACCCCACCAUUAGUUUACAUGCGGUCUCCAGGGACCCGAAUGCUUACCCUCGAGAACACUUGUAUGUUAUGGUGAAUACAAGAUUUGGAGAAGAAUCAAAAGACUCUCUCUCUGAUGAAGAUGAGGAAGACGGUGAUGAAGAUGUUGAACCCAUUACUGAAUUUAGAUUUGUGCCCAGUGAUAAGUCUGCAUUGGAGGCCAUGUUCACUGCGAUGUGUGAAUGCCAGGCCCUGCAUCCAGACCCGGAGGAUGAAGACUCUGACGACUACGAUGAAGAAGAGUACGACGUGGAAGCCCACGAACAAGGGCAGGGGGACAUCCCUACCUUUUACACCUAUGAAGAAGGACUGUCCCAUUUAACCGCCGAAGGGCAAGCCACACUGGAGCGGUUAGAAGGGAUGCUUUCCCAGUCCGUGAGCAGCCAGUAUAAUAUGGCGGGAGUGCGGACAGACGAUUCCGUAAGAGAUUAUGAAGAUGGCAUGGAGGUGGAUGCCGCCCCCACGGUUGCUGGGCAGUUUGAGGAUGCAGAUGUGGACCACUGAGGAUGCUGCUGCUGCUGCUGCUGCACAAGUCCCUCAUAACAGUAGGCGGGAACUUGGUGCCUCUCCCACUCCAGAGUGGGCCGGUGAAAGGCUUCUUCCUCUCCAAAGCCCACUUUUCAAGACAGACUAUACUGGGACAGCAAAUGUCACCAGCGAAGAGACCUUUGUCAACAAAGGUGAAUUAACUGAGCGGUGUCUGUAGCUCUCAUUCACCCCCAGACCUCCUGUGGCUAGGCGUCUCCUGGGUAGACCUCAGUUCCUGGCUUGCUCAUGUGCACGUCUGUCAGCUGCAAGCCUGCGUAGUGAAUACAGAGCUCACCCUGUGUAGACUGGAUCAGAAAGAUGCUGAAGCUUAGACAUCUCAGACGUCUGGGGCCUAAAAGAACUCCUGUCCCUAAGACAAAAGUACAGGCCUCACGGGGCAGGCUCUAAGCGUUUCCACAGACGCAUUGGUCCUUUACUUUAGGCUACGCCAGGCCACCUCUUGAACCCCCAGCGAUUCCUUGCCAGGAUGCAGUACUGCUGUCCAGCUUCUGUUCCUCUCCUUCCGCUGUCAGCUCUGUCAUGUUCUCCCAGCGAGGUCCUUGACUGUCCGCUCUUAGCUUUCUGUAACAGAACAAGUAGUCUGUAAUGGAGUCCGCAGAGUACUCUUCAUGAGUCUUGUCUUUGUAAUAGGUAACAAAUAAAUCUAGGUUUUCUA